UAAACUGCCCGUCAGAUGAUUCAUUCAUCAGUUCUUGACGAGUCAUCAAUCGCUUGCCGCCAUUUUCAUUUCGAAACUUUGCAGACGAUCUGACCGGAAACUGAGACGACUAACGGAAAACUCUCAGCUCUAUCUUCCGAUUCAUCUCCGGUUUCUACUUGAAAAUUGAAGUUCCUUUUCAUCUUUGGUGCGCAAUUCGCUCCCUCGCCGCUCCUAAGGAGUAAGCAUCCCUGCUCUCAAGUUCUACGCUGAUCGAGGACGAGUGAUUCAGGGUAAUCAACCGUAAUUCCUGAUUUUCUGUCGCUUUCUGCUUCAUCUUGAUGCUUCAUUGGACUCCAAUGCCGGUUCUAGCCGCCAUGACUGUAGUUCGCUGAGCUGUGCGUGUGAAACUUCAGCUUUCCAUCUGUCGUUAGGGCUUGUGGUAUACAUUUCAACUGCGAUUUCACAUCGAUAUCAACUUUGAAGAUGCGAGUUAAUGUAAUAUCUCUGUUUACAAUGUGAUUUUUUUCAAGGUUGAUGAUUGCGUAUAUUGAGAAUGCAGGUUUUUUUUUUUUUCCUGGCGUUAUAUUGAUUUGAGAGAUACAACAGAGAGAAGAGCGGAGGAACAUUUGAGCUCUUCUUGUCGCCUUACCUCCAAUUGCUCUCUACCUAUAUUACCAUGGCACCAGCAUGACAGUAGGAUCUUCGAGAACUUAAUUUCUUUCAGUUACUUGUUUUGCCUAUCGUCCCUUUGCAAUGUCUGCAGAAUUCAAUGAUGAUUGAAAAUAUUUUCCUAAAUAGGGCAGACUGUCACUGCAUAGAAAUCUACCAAAAGCAACUUUGAUUGAAAAUAUUUUCCUAAGUAGGGCAGACUGUCACUGCAUUAUUCAAUGAUGAAUCAAAGGCAACUUUGAUCAUGAAGUUCUCAAAUCAGUGAAAUGCUCAGGCCUGUAUGUGUUAAAUAUUAUGGUGUUAUGCUACUCUUACUUGCUGAUGGUGACAAGUUAACUCCUUUUUGGUGGUAGAGUGCUUGUUCACGGAGUUUAUUCCAGCCUUUCUUGUCUUCUCUGUGAAGCUUAACGUUGGCGGCUUAUCAAUCUUAUCAAAAUAUUAGCCUUGUUUCGAUGAGUUAUUGCAUCAUCCUGUUACCAUGUUAAAGAUUAAUUCUGAAGGCUGAAAUGAGAUGCAACGCAUGCUGGCGAGAAUUGGAAGGCCGAGCGGUCUCCACCACCUGCGGUCAUCUUUUAUGUACUGAAGAUGCCAGCAAGAUUCUCAGUAAUGAUGGUGCUUGUCCCAUCUGUGACCAAGUUCUGUCUAAGAGUCAUAUGAAACCUGUGGAUAUCAAUCCCAAUGACGAAUGGGUAAAUAUGGUCAUGGCAGGAGUAUCCCCACAAAUACUGAUGAAGAGUGCCUAUAGAAGUGUCAUGUUCUACAUCGGGCAGAAGGAAUUGGAGAUGCAGUUUAAGAUGAACAGAGUAGUGGCCCAGUGCCGGCAGAAAUGCGAGGCCAUGCAAGAGAAGUUCGCUGAGAAAUUGGAGCAGGUGCAUACUGCAUAUCAGAAGAUGGCCAAGAGGUGUCAGAUGAUGGAACAAGAGAUAGAAAGCCUAUCCAAGGAUAAGCAAGAGCUUCAGGAAAAAUUUGCUGAGAAAUCCAGGCAAAAGAGAAAGCUAGAUGAAAUGUAUGACCAGUUGAGGAGAGAGUACAAUUCAGUGAAGCGAUCAGCUAUCCAACCUGCAAGCAAUUUCUACUCAAGGCCGGAGCCCAACUUGUUUGCAAACACAUCCAGUAUGAUGGACACUGGUGAUCCUAUGAGGAAAGAUUGGACGGUUUUCCGUCCUGAAACUCCAGGGCCUACAGAAGACAUAUGGCCAGCUAGGCAAAAUAGCUCAAACUCUGGGCCUUUUGAUAUUUCUGGAGGUUCUCCAGCAAAACAACCGGUCGAUACCACCAGCAGGAGAACUGGUGGGCACCCUGUUUUUGGAGCUGGAGCCAGUAACCCUUCAAUGACUCUGAGGAACCUCAUACUUUCUCCAAUAAAGCGGCCUCAACUCUCUCGAAAUCGCACCCAAAUGUUCACGUAAGUUGGCAGGUUUCAAAUAGAAAUUAUGCCGAGGAUUAGAGUAAGCUUCCCCUCUUCUUAUUCUAAUGCUGGGAAAUCGAUGCAAUUCAGCAGGAUGUAGGCUCUAGCCAGAGGUGAUGCAUCCGUCAAAUAUUGCCCGGAGAGUGUACAUUUUACAUAGUACCCAUUAACAGACACAUUUCGCGGAAAUCUAUUUGGUUUUGAUUUUCUUUGUGCUGGAAAUCUAUACCAUUUCCGGACUGAAGCCCGUCCUUAUUUCAUUUCAAUGAUUAAGUGCCAUCUUCAGAUUGCAUGAACACAACAGUCUUUCCUGUGCUUCCAUGUUUGAAUUUAAUAGAUUAUAGUACACACUGUUGUGAA